CAACGCCGCACUCCCGUCCGCGUGCGCACGGCCUGGGUUGAGUUGCGUCGGACCGUCCCCGACCGGUGGAGGAGAAGGCCCGGGGCCGAGCCUGCCAGUUUGCAAUGGAUCUGUUUGAUAUCAAACCAGGAGACAAUGUGGUAGUGAUCUGGGACAACGUGACCACAGCUGAAUCUAACUCCAAGCUGGUGCAGGAUAUUCGGACAGUUACUGGCUCUUCAACACACGUGGCAAUGGAGAACAUUGAGAGGUUGCAGAUAUCUGCUCACAAGAAGUCCAGCUUUGACGUUGUGCUCUCUGGUGUCGUGCCAGGCUCUGCAAGUCAACACACUUUUGACACCUUUGCUGAAAUAGCUCGAAUUCUGAAACCUGGAGGAAGAUUUUACUUCGAGGAGCCCGUGUGUAUAUCAGGUGACAACGGCAGAUUGAAGACUGCAUCACAGCUCAUCUCUCUGCUGAAACUGGCUGGCUUUACGGAGGUCUGUGAGAUUGAGAAGGAACCUUUAACUGCUGAACAGCUGGGUUCCAUGAACCAGGCCAUCGGCUUUCCAGCUGGCAACCUGAUAAAACUGGCAGUAAAGGCUGAGAAACCAAACUUUGAAAUUGGAUCUUCUUCGCAACUCUCACUGUCCUUUGUGAAGAAAGUAAACCUGGCACCAGAGAGGCCACAGUUGGACCCCAAUACAGCAAAGGCCUGGACCUUGUCAGCUACUGAUAUGAAUGAUGAUGAUGUGGAUCUUAUUGACUCUGAUGAGUUGCUGGAUGAAAAUGAUUUGAAGAAGCCCGACCCAGCCUCACUCCGAAUUAUGAGCUGUGGAGACAAAAAGAAAAAGAAACGGGCCUGUAAAAACUGCACGUGUGGCCUCGCAGAGGAAUUGGGAGGGAAAGAACCCAAAAAUGUGAAGAGUGUCCAGGUGAAGUCGGCGUGUGGAAGUUGCUAUCUGGGCGAUGCAUUUCGCUGUGCCAGUUGUCCAUACAUGGGGAUGCCUGCAUUCAAGCCUGGCGAACAAAUCCUGCUGUCAAACAAGACUCUCAGUGAUGCCUGACGUGUUCAAAGAAGGCUUUGAUGGACCCGUUGCUGUAUGUCUACCCAUCAGGGUGAAUCUGUUCCAUCCAUCAGAACUGUCAAGUUUUGUUCUCACCUCAACCAAAUCAGUGAAGCUUUGGACUUGAUGCAGUCAGACAGAAAUUGUUAUCUCACUACAAGUAGAUUAGGUUUAUUGUGAUCUUAAUUCGGGGGGUUUAUUCGGGUGGGGAAAUAAAUGCCUUAUUGUUCUUCUACUGGAGGAGAGAAUGUGAAUGCCUUGCUAGUUCCACCACUUGUCUCCUAUGACAAAGGAAUCGGCGUGAUGCUUCUUCAAUUUAGCUUUAAAGAUUAGCUUUAUUUGUCUCAUGUACAUUGAAAAAUACAGUGGUGUGUGUCAAUGACCAACACAGUCGGGGGAUUGUGCUGGGAAGCCAGCAAAUGUUGCCUGGCUUCCAAUGAUAACAUGGCAUGCUGGCAACUCAGUAAUUUUAACCAGAUGUCUUUGGGAACAUGGGAGAAAACUGGCCCACCUGAAAGAAACACACGCAGUCACAGGGAGAAUGUACAGACUCCUUAUAGACAGUGUGGGAAUUGAACUCAGAUCUCGCAGUUGAUGCUGUAAUAGCAUUAUGCUAACUGCUAUGCUACUCUACUACCCCGUGCCUCCUGGUCCACGUCAUGAUUUUCCCCAAAGUAUUUGCCAUGAAUAUGCUCAGCACUUUGUUCACCAUGUAUGCUACUGAGAACUUAACAGCUUCACUUUUGCCUGAUCUUCCACUCUGAAGGAUCCGAGUCUGAUCGCUGCACCCCCAUCCCAAUAACAACAGCUACACUGGCACAACAGCUCUUGAAAUAUGUGAAACAAUCACCACACUUUGUUUUGAAGGGAGAAUUUGUACAGACAGGGUUGGAGGGAUUCAGUCACACCUCUCGAUUCUUGCAACGUGUACAACACACGAAGUGCUGGAGGAACUCAGCAGGCCAGGUAUCACCUAUGGGGAAAAAAAUAGAGUCGACGUUUUGAGCGGAAACUGUUGGGCAGGACUGGAGAAAAAAUGGGUGGCCACUGGGGGAUCCUUCUUGUUCUGGCAGACAGAGCGUAGAUGCUCAGCGAAGCGGUCUUCCAGUCUAUAUUGGGUGUCACCGAUAUACAACAGGCCACACCGGGAGCACCAAACAGUAAAUGACCCCAACAGGCUCACAGGUGAAGAGUUGCCUCACCUGGAAGCACUGUUUGGGACCCUGAAUGGUCGUGAGGUAGUGAGGGAGGAGGAGCAGGGGCAGGUGUAGCACUUUCUUUUGUCUGUGACUUGCAACUUGUAGUUGGUUUGGCACAGGAACAAGAUGGAACUAGAAUAAGAAUUCUAUGACUGCUUCGGUCAAGUAUCUCCUAUUUUGUUAAUAAAAAGAACAACCUUUGGAAGUGUGGGCUCUAGACUUUGGCCAAUCACAAAGGCCUAGCUUAAACACUGGCUCGCAUUUAACAACUACUGCACAACUUCCUCACAAUUGUCAUAAUUCCAACCCCUUAAGUGCUAGCUCAAGACCAGCAGGAAUUAGAAUGAAGGUGACCCUCAGUUUUUGUUUCACAUUAAACACAAUGUUAAGCCAGGAGACCAGAAACACUUCUUGUUUAUCUUCGCCAACAAGAAGGACAUGGAGAAUAGUGAAGGGGCAUUUUGAUGGGCUGGAACAAGUCUGAGAAGGUUUCGGAACAUAUAAUGGUGGAGAAAGCCUGCCCAGUGUCGGGUGAAAUCUGUCCCAGAAUACUAUGAUAACGAUAGCUGGGGCCCUGAUGGAGAUGUUUGCAUCUUUUAUAGCCAGAAAUGAGGGAACAGCAGACUGAAGGGCAAGCUUUAUUUAAGAAGGAUAGCAGGAAUAACUCAGGUUGGAUUAUUACAGAAGAAAGUUCUAAGGGACAGGCGUUAAGUACAUUUGGAAAGAGGACUGAUCAGGUUUAGUGUGGCUUUGUGCAUGAGAAAUCCUGUCUCACUUAUAUGGGGUGGCAGGGUGGAGAUACGUUUCUCCCAAACACAUUCCUUCCCUCCACUAGCCAGCAGGUCACCGUUGGGCAAAGUAUAGCAUCUGCUUAGCUGUGCUCUCCUCUCCACCCCCCACCACUGAGCAGGGUCAUGUGAAGCUAUGGGAGUGGGUGGUGGAUGGUCAUAUUAGUAGCUGGUGCGUAUCAAAAGUCUUGGUUGUGCAACCAGUUACACCAGGCAGACAAUCUCUGAAGAGUAUUGAUAAUGCCUGGGGCCAUCUGUCUUAUAAAGGUACUGUCGAGAAGAAGGUAAUGGCAAACAACUCCUGUACAAAAAUUUGCUGAGAACAAUCAUGGUCAUGGAAAGAUCAUGCUCACCUCUGUCAUAUGACAUUGCACAUAACAAACAAACAAUAUUGAAGACAGUAUGGUAAAUAUGUGGAAUUUUAGCAAGGUCCUGCAUGUUCAGCUCAUCCAGAAGGUUAAGGCGCGCAAGAUCUAAGGUGAGCCAGCAAAUUGGAUCUAGAAUUAGCUUAGUGAUGAGAGGCAGAGUAUAUUGGAAGGAUGCCGUCCUGUCUGGAAAUCUGUGAGAAAUGGUACCUCACCAGGAUCGAUGCUGAGACUCUUGUUUGGAAAUAAAACAUGAAAAUUAAUGGUGUGAGUGAGGAAGCUACAGCUAGAUAUCAAUCAGCUGGGCAGAGCAUUGAUGCAUAUCUUUGCGGGCAGAUUUGCUAGAGUUGUUCAAGAGUGAUUAAAUUAAUUUGGCAGGGGGAUGGGAACUGGAGUGUUAGUGCUGAGGAUGAGGUAGUUGGUUUACAAACUGCUAGCAAAGAGAGGCUGAUGAUUGGGUGAAAUUGCAGUCAACAGGAUGAGUUGCAAUGUAGAAGGCAGACAAAAUCAAAGAAUGAAUACAGGACAAAAUGUGCAGUGUAUGGAAUAAGAUUGUUAAACUUGUAGCACAGUUACAGAUGGGCAUCUAUAAUGUGGCAUUGAACUGUGGCUGAAAGAUUAUAGCAGGGAGGUUAAGGUCCAAGGAUACACAUUGUAUAGAAACGACAGGCAGUUAGGCAGAGGGGGUGGUGUGGCUUUUAGAAUGGAGAUGAAGAGGAGUAUCUUUAGUCAGAGAGUGGUAAAUCUGUGGAAUUCUUUGCCACCAAUGGCUGUAGAUGCCAAAUCAUUUGAUUGGAGUAUGGUGCAGGUGCAGUAGGAGCAUUCCUGCGUAAGUCCAGUGAGGAGCUCCAGUAACCCAGUCUCCAUACAAGAGGGGUACCGUCUAGUGAAGUGGUCUGAGUCAGACUGGUAAGGCUUUGGCUUAAGAGGGCUUUGGCGAGAACAAGUAGAGGCAAGUAAGUAGGUAAAUUCAUUCCUUAUUUCUGAUUUCCUUUUUCUUAUAAUAACUUGAGAGAAAAGAGGGUAUGUCUACAGUGCCAGUGUUCUGUACUGCGUAUCAGAUGUGGGAUUUCCAGGAAACUAGCAGCCUCCCCAGUGGUCGCAUCUGCACCAGGUGGAUCGAUAUGUAGCUCCUUAAAGACCUUAAAGUGGGCAUGCAGGUACAGCAGGCGGUGAAAAAGGCGAAUGGUAUGCUGGCAUUUAUAGCGAGAGGAUUCGAGUACAGGAGCAGGGAGGUACUACUGCAGUUGUACAAGGCCUUGGUGAGACCACACCUGGAGUAUUGUGUGCAGUUUUGGUCUCCUAAUCUGAGGAAAGACAUCUUUGCCAUAGAGGGAGUACAAAGAAGGUUCACCAGAUUGAUUCCUGGGAUGGCAGGUCUUUCAUAUGAAGAAAGACUGGAUGAACUGGGCUUGUACUCGUUGGAAUUUAGAAUAUUGAGGGGGGAUCUGAUUGAAACGUAUAAGAUCCUAAAGGGAUUGGACAGGCUAGAUGCGGGAAGAUUGUUCCCGAUGUUGGGGAAGUCCAGAACGAGGGGUCACAGUUUGAGGAUAGAGGGGAAGCCUUUUAGGACCGAGAUUAGGAAAAACUUCUUCACACAGAGAGUGGUGAAUCUGUGGAAUUCUCUGCCACAGCAAACUGUUGAGGCCAGUUCAUUGGCUAUAUUUAAGAGGGAGUUAGAUAUGGC